UCUAUGUGUGAGUCUUCAUUCUCUCUACAGCAUUUGCGCCUAAAUCUCAGAAAUUAAAGAUGCCACAAGGUGAUUCCAAUGGUAGUUCCAAGCAGCAUGCUGCACUCACUAGGCGUGUUCCUACGCCAGGGAAGGCCACAAUACUUGCUAUAGGAAAGGCCUUCCCUAGCCAAAUCAUCCCUCAGGAGUGUUUGGUGGAGGGCUACAUUCGUGACACCAAGUGUGAAGAUUCAUAUAUAAAGGAGAAAUUGGAGCGUCUUUGUAAAAACACCACUGUGAAGACAAGGUACACAGUGAUGUCAAAGGAGAUCCUGGACAAGUUCCCAGAGCUGGCCACAGAGGGCUCACCAACCAUAAAGCAGAAGCUCGAAAUAGCCAAUCCAGCAGUGGUAGAAAUGGCCACCAAGGCCAGCCUCUCGUGCAUCAAGGAAUGGGGAAGGCCUGCUCAAGACAUCACACACGUUGUCUAUGUUUCCUCAAGCGAAAUCCGCCUGCCAGGAGGAGACCUCUACCUGGCCAACGAGCUCGGCCUCCGGCGCGACGUCGGCCGUGUAAUGCUCUACUUUCUCGGCUGCUACGGCGGCGUCACCGGCCUGAGAGUGGCCAAGGACAUAGCGGAGAACAACCCUGGGAGCAGGGUUCUUCUCACCACUUCUGAGACCACCAUUCUAGGGUUUAGGCCCCCCAACAAGGCCAGGCCUUAUGACCUUGUUGGGGCUGCACUCUUUGGUGAUGGUGCUGCAGCAGUGAUAGUUGGAGCCAACCCUGUGAUGGGUCAAGAGUCUCCCUUCAUGGAGUUAAGCUAUGCUGUGCAGAAGUUUCUGCCUGAUACACACCAUGUCAUUGAUGGGAGGCUCUCUGAAGAGGGCAUAAACUUCAAACUUGGGAGGGACCUUCCUCAGAAAAUUGAGGACAACAUAGAGGAGUUCUGCAGGAAGCUCAUGGCCCAAAGCACUGUGAAGGAGUUCAAUGAUUUGUUCUGGGCUGUGCACCCCGGUGGGCCAGCAAUUCUCAACAGGCUUGAGAGUACCCUCAAGUUGAGCAGUGAGAAGCUUGAGUGCAGUAGGAAGGCACUGAUGGACUAUGGGAAUGUUAGCAGCAACACUAUAUUUUAUGUGAUGGAGUACAUGAGGGAGUAUCUUAAAGAAGGUGGAGAGGAAUGGGGCUUGGGGCUGGCAUUUGGUCCUGGAAUUACUUUUGAAGGCAUUCUCCUCCGCAGCCUGUGAUCAUUGGAAAGGUGUAUUAAUGGGGUUCUUUUUUCGGUGGUUUAGAAUCUUACUUAAUUAUCAAUUAAUAAUAAAGUCUCAUGUACCAAAUUACUCACUGAAUGAAUAUU